UUACUCCCUCUUUUUCUGAAACUGUUACACCCAAAUGCUUCUUGAUUUCAUUUACAUCGCGAUCUUUCUCUACUUUCUUUUCCUUUUUUUUUCUUUUUUUUGGGGGUGAAUUUUUCAUAAAUCAAUCAAACUGUUCGAAUCUGUAACUGAAAAAACUGAAUCAGAAAUCAAUAUGGAUAUCGAAACUCUAACCAGUCGGAGUUCUGUUCUGAGGGAGAGAAUAAUGCGGAGCACCCCGAAGAAGCCGAUCAAGGAUGUGACGACGUGGGUGAAGCGGCAGCCACCCAAAGCCCAGGUGCUUCUGGCGGUGGCCGCCGUUUUGACCACCCUUGUCUUCCUCGGCCUCGUCGUUCAGGACCACGAUAAUCUCUUCAUCGCCGCCGAGGCCGUUCAUGCCAUCGGCAUUUCCCUUCUCAUUUACAAACUCACCCAAGAGAAAACCUGCGCCGGACUUUCACUCAAGUCACAAGAACUAACGGCUAUAUUUUUAGCUGUUCGACUCUACUGCAGCUUUGUUAUGGAGUAUGAUAUACACACGCUCCUCGAUCUUGCUACGUUAGUAACAACUGGUUGGGUUAUUUAUAUGAUUCGCUUUAAAUUAAAUUCCAGUUACAUGGAUGACGAAGACACCUUUGCUCUUUAUUAUACGGUUAUACCUUGUGCUUUGUUGUCUCUAGCUAUCCAUCCAUCGACAGUGCAUCAUACUUUUAACCGUAUUUGUUGGGCAUUUUGUGUGUACUUGGAAGCUGUUUCAGUUCUCCCUCAACUUCACCUCAUGCAAAACACAAAGAUUGUUGAGCCAUUCACCGCUCAUUAUGUUUUUGCACUAGGAGUUGCAAGAUUUCUAAGUUGCGCCCAUUGGAUCCUCCAGGUAGUUGAUACAGAGGGACGUUUGUUAACAGCUUUAGGCCAUGGAUUAUGGCCUUCGUUGGUUCUCCUCUCAGAACUCGUCCAAACUUUUAUUCUGGCAGAUUUCUGCUAUUACUAUGUCAAGAGUCUUCUUGGUGGACACCUUGUGCUACGUCUUCCCUCUGGCGUAGUGUGACUUGCAAGACUUAAUAGAUGAACAAUACUUCAUCCACAAACAUUUUCAAGUCGAGAUAUGACAAUUUUGCAGGCGGUUAUGGGAUGGUGGAGAUAUGUUGCGUUGUGGCACUCAUAAUCUACACAGAGUGAUGUGUUCUCCUGUAGGCAUUAUUGAUAUCAUAAUAUUAUUUCAUUUAUUAGGUCUCAAGAAAGAUUUCCUUCAUGUAUUGAGAGAUUCUUAUAGUAUAAUUUAAUUGUUGCAUCCUAUCUCACCAUAUGAUUUUAAC